CAGGAGCCUAGCCAUGGAGCACCUGCUCCUGUGCCUGGCCCUCCUCGCUGCGCCCGUCGCCACCAUGCUGUGCCCCAAGCGCUGCACCUGCCAGAACCUCAUGCCCUCCUAUACUGUUCUCUGCGCCAAGACAGGCCUGCUCUUCGUGCCGCCAAACAUUGACCGGCAGACUGCCGAGCUGCGCCUCAUGGACAACUUCAUAACCACCCUUCGUCACCGUGACUUUGCCAACAUGAGCAGCCUCAUCCACCUGACGCUGUCGCGCAAUACCAUUAGCCAGAUCAAGCCGUAUGCCUUCGCCGACCUGCAGGACCUGCACGCCCUGCACCUGGACGCCAACCGGCUCACCAUGCUGGACGACACCCACUUCCAGGGCCUGGUCAACCUCAGGCACAUGAUCCUGGCCAACAACCAGCUGCACAGCAUCUCAGAGGGGGCCUUUCAGGACUUCCUGGAGACCCUAGAAGACCUGGACCUGUCCUACAACAACCUGGUGAACAUUCCCUGGGAGACCAUUGGCCUGCUGGCCAGUGUCAACACCCUCAGUCUGGACCACAACCUCAUAGAGAUGGUCCCCGAGGGCAUCUUCUCCAACCUGCACAAGCUGGCGCGUCUAGACAUGACCUCCAACAAGCUGAAGAAAAUCCCUCCAGAUCCCCUGUUCCUGAGGAUCCCAGUGUACGCUAAGCUGAAAGGUUCUCCACUCACAUCCCUGGUGCUGAGCUUCGGUGGGAACCCGCUGCACUGUAACUGUGAGCUAGUGUGGCUGAGGAGGCUGACCAGGGAAGAUGACCUGGAGACCUGCGCCUCCCCCCGAGAGCUCGCCGGCAAGUAUUUCUGGACCAUCCGCGAGGAGGAGUUUGUGUGCGAGCCACCCAUGAUCACGCGGCACACCUCCAAGAUGUUUGUGAUGGAGGGUCAGGAGGUGAGCCUACGCUGUAAGUCAGUGGGCGACCCGGAACCUUCGACACAUUGGGUCAGCCCAGAGGGGAAGCUGAUUGGGAACACGUCCCGCACCAUCUGCUAUGAGAACGGCUCGUUGGACAUCCUCACCACCACUGUGAAGGACUCUGGGAAGUUCACAUGCAUCGCAUCCAACGCCGCCGGCGAGGCCACGGCGCCCGUGGAGCUGGUGGUUAACCCCUCGCCACAUUUUGACCCCAAGCUGGAGCCCGAGCCAGGCCCCUCUGACAUCCCCACCUCCAUCAAAUCCAAUGCCAGUGGGGGCCACGCCCGCACCGACCAUCAGAGGGUCAGUGUGUCAGAGCUGAGCUCGACCUCGGUCACCAUCCGAUGGCCCCCUCAGCACCACAUUCCGGGGGUCCGUAUGUACCAGAUCCAGUACAACAGCUCCUCUGACGACAUCCUCAUAUACAGGAUGAUCCCUGCGUCUCAUAAGUUCUUCCUACUCAGUGACUUGGCCACUCAACGGGAUUAUGACCUGUGUGUGUUGGCGGUGUACGACGAUGGCGUCACGGCCCUAACCGGCACCCGCCUGGUGGGCUGCGUGGCUUUCACCACAGAGCGCGAGUACCGUCAGUGCCGCUCCCUCCACGACCAAUUCCUGGGCGGAACCAUGAUCAUCGUGAUCGGCGGUAUCAUCGUGGCAUCCGUGCUUGUCUUCAUCUUCAUCCUCCUCAUGAAAUACAAGCUGCACAGCAACCAUUACAAGCAGAAGGCGGCACACGUCAGCAACGUGUGCUCUCAGACCAACGGAGGCCAGGCGGCGGGCGGGGGAGGCCCUCCCAUCCCCCCUUCUUCCUCAGGCUCGGCUAAUAAGCCCAUGCCUCCUGGCCCAGUGGACAGGGUAGGGCAUGAGGGACCCCAUCAGGCCUCGGAAGGGGGCUUCGGAGGGCCCUUGAAAGGGACCACCGUAGUGGACUUGAACCCAGACUACGGGAAGUCAGUCAAGGACGAGGAUGCUAUAUCACAAUAACACAGGAUCUGGGACUUCCCCACCCCGCCCCAUUUUAUUUCCUGGUGCUGGGGUCCCUCUGCCUUACCAAGGAUUAUCUCGUGUCCAAGAUUCACACAUCACCCAUGCUCGUCUUCUGAGGUGGAGGGAGGGAGAAUGGAAAGGUAAAGUCCCCCAGGUUCAAGGAAGUUGGAAAAACAAACUCACAAAAGAAUACAUAUGAAGCCAAGAACAGCAUUAGGAGUAGAGAUGGGUGGAUGCCAUGGAAUCGCUGUGUUCCGUCACUUAUGCAAUUCUACCUGGAACUGGGAUGUAAUCCAGCCCUGUGGAGUGGAGGGAAAUUUAUUCCAAAACCUGGGGCUUCUUUCACUGUGUGAGGAAUGAGUUGACAACCCAGACGCCUCAAAUUCCUUUCGGAAUACUUUUUGGGGAUUCUCAUUGGAAUUGCCUAUUACAGAGGAACACCCUUGGAUGGUUUUGAUGAAAUGUUGUUGGUUUCGUAAUAAAGCUCCACUCUCCCUUAACGAUCGGUCACAUGCCAAAGGAAUACAAUAAGAGAUGGCUAUACAGUGUUUCGUUCUACCCCCCCUCCCCCCUCCCCCCGAGGGCCUUGGAAGUGUUAGCACACAUCGAUGUCACGUCGACGCACCAAUAUCAAACGGUUGUUCGGUGAUCUCGAGGGCACUUUAUAAUCCUCUCUUUCUCUCUCUCUCUCUCUCUCUCUCUCUCCCACUCUCUCUCUCCCUCCGUCUAUAUGGACAACUGAAUAGUAUACUCAACAAUUUUGAGAUCAAAUGCAUCCAUUUUGGAUGACGGUGGAAAAAAUAUAAUUAUUUGGCCAAAAACAUGGGCUCUCAAGAUGAGGACAAAAGAAAAACCUGGUUUGGUUUGAUUACAUGAACCUACAGCACAAGCAAUGCCUUGUGGUUUGAUGGUGAAAUGGUGAGUUAAGUUUCAUUCUGACACAAACUUUACAGAGAAGAAACUGACCCUAUUGUAUACCACUUGCCAAUUGAAAAGAUGAAACACGGAUCAAAUACUCUUUUUCCCCUUACUGUUGACUGUGUAUGUAUUUGUAUGUGAGAUACACCUUCAAUCUUCUCUGAUUUGAUACCCAUAUUUCCUUUGAAUUAUGAAGCAACAAAAAGAAAAAAACGUGAGAUGGAAUUUUAUGCUUUCAUAGGUCAAAUAUGUGGAUUUAUAAAGAAAUAAAAUUAUUUUUCUUGAA